UGCCCUGCUCGGUCCCACUCAGCCGGGACAGUUGAGCACAGCGGAGCACAGCCCCCCUCCACACCUCUGGACAACAUGGGACUCACUCAGGACCCCACCUUCCACAAGCUGCAGGACUGGUACACCGCCCACGCCCUGAACCUCAACCUGAGGCACAUGUUCGAGGCUGACAAGGAGAGAUUCAGCAAAUUGAGCCUUACUCUGAAAACUGAUGAUGGAGACAUUCUCCUGGAUUACUCCAAGAAUCUCAUCACAGACGAAGUCAUGAAGAUGUUGGUUGAACUGGGCAAGUCAAGAGGUAUUGAGGCUGCCAGAGAGAAGAUGUUCUCUGGCGAUAAGAUCAACUUCACCGAGGGUCGUGCUGUGCUCCACGUGGCUCUGAGGAACCGCUCCAACACUCCCAUCAUGGUUGAAGGCAAGGAUGUAAUGCCAGACGUCAACAAGGUUCUGGAGAAGAUGAAGGGCUUCUGCCAUAAAGUUCGCAGUGGUGAGUGGAAGGGCUACACAGGAAAGGCCAUCACAGACGUUGUUAAUGUUGGAAUCGGAGGGUCCGAUCUUGGUCCUCUGAUGGUGACCGAGGCUCUGAAGCCGUACUCGAAGGACGGACCUCAUGUGUGGUUUGUGUCAAACAUUGAUGGAACCCACAUUGCCAAAACCCUGGCCAAGCUGAACCCUGAAACCACCCUCUUCAUCAUCGCAUCCAAGACAUUCACCACCCAGGAAACCAUUACCAAUGCCGAGUCGGCAAAAGAGUGGUUCCUCGAGCAUGCCAAAGAUAAAUCUGCUGUUGCCAAACACUUCGUGGCUCUUUCCACAAACGCUCCCAAAGUAAAGGACUUCGGCAUCGACACGGAGAACAUGUUCGAGUUCUGGGAUUGGGUUGGAGGACGUUUCUCCCUGUGGUCUGCUAUUGGAAUGGCCAUUGCUUUGCAUAUUGGUUUCGACAACUUUGAGAAGCUUCUGUCCGGAGCUCACUGGAUGGACAACCACUUCCGUACCGCUCCCCUGGAUAAGAACGCUCCUGUCCUCCUGGCUCUGCUGGGAAUCUGGUACAUUAACUUCUUCCAUGCAGAGACCCACGCCAUGCUGCCCUACGACCAGUACAUGCACCGCUUCACCGCCUACUUCCAACAGGGUGACAUGGAGUCAAACGGGAAGUACAUCACCAAUCACGGAUCACGUGUGAAUUACCACACAGGACCAAUCGUGUGGGGAGAACCUGGAACCAACGGGCAGCACGCCUUCUAUCAGCUCAUCCACCAAGGAACCCGCAUGGUGCCGUCUGACUUCUUGAUCCCAGCUCAGACGCAGCACCCCAUCAGAGACAAUCUGCACCACAAGAUCCUGCUGGCUAACUUCCUGGCCCAGACAGAAGCCCUGAUGAAGGGUAAGACCACAGAGGAGGCCAGAAAGGAGCUGGAGGCGAGCGGCCUGAGUGGGGAAGAACUGGAAAAAAUCCUGCCACACAAAGUAUUCCAGGGAAACAGACCAACCAACUCAAUCAUCUUCAAGAAACUAACGCCAUACACUCUUGGAGCUCUUAUUGCAAUGUAUGAGCACAAGAUCUUUGUCCAGGGAGUGAUGUGGGAGAUCAACAGUUUUGACCAGUGGGGAGUUGAACUGGGCAAACAGCUGGCAAAGAAGAUCGAGCCCGAGCUCAAGGACGCUGCAGAGGUCCACUCCCACGACUCAUCCACCAACGGCCUCAUCAACUUCCUCAAGAAGAAUUUCGCCUGAGUCCGUUGGCCCUGGUCGCCACUCGACUCCACGACAUUAUCCAUCUCCUCGGCUCCGAAGCUGCGUGGACAGGAGUCUGGCAGAGGCAGCUGGUCACUCCUACACAGUGGAGCUGAAGUGCUCUCAUUAUAUGUAUCGUGACUGUCCAGUGCUGUCUUUUCUGUUUGUUCGCCACUGUGAGGGGGGACAAGUUUUUUUUUUGUAUUAGAUUGUCCACACUGUUACAAGAAAUGUUACUGAAAUAAAUAUCGCCAUA